CACUUGGAUUGAGACUCCUUCCUUCCACUUCCUCUUCAUCUUCCUCUUCCUCUUCCUCCUAUUUCAACUUGCCUUCCUCCCCUUUCUUCUUCUCCAAUUCCCCAUUGCAAAUGGGCAGGCACUCCUGCUGCCACAAGCAGAAGCUGCGCAAGGGCCUCUGGUCGCCGGAGGAGGACGAAAAGCUACUCAGGCACAUCGCCAACUACGGCCAUGGCUGCUGGAGCUCCAUCCCCAAACAAGCAGGCCUCCAGCGGUGCGGGAAGAGCUGCCGGCUCCGGUGGAUCAACUACCUGAGGCCCGACCUCAAGCGCGGCUCCUUCUCGGAGCAGGAGGAGGCGCUCAUCGUCGAGAUGCACGCGGCGCUGGGCAACAGGUGGUCGCAGAUCGCGUCGCGGCUGCCGGGGCGGACGGACAACGAGAUCAAGAACUUCUGGAACUCCUGCGUCAAGAAGAAGCUGAGGCAGCGGGGCAUCGACUCCGGCACCCACCGGCCGCUCGCGCAGAGCGAGCCCGCCGCCGAGCUCAGACCGGCCUCGGAGACCUCUUCGUCGCCGUUGGAAGCCACCUUCUUGGACCAAUUCAUCGCCGACCAAAUGAAUUGGCAGCAGCAGCAACUGCCGCCUCCGCCGCCGCCGCCAUUUUGCUGCAAUUCUCUCUGGCUCAACCAAAUCAAUCCCGAUCAGCAGCUUUCCGCCGGAAUUCAGCACAGUGCCGACGCAGUUCACUCCAGCAACAGCAGCGACCAGAGCAGCAGCUCCUUCUUCGAGAAUGGACUCCUCCUCCCUUUGCCUCAACUACCUCCGCCACCGCCGCCGCAGCCGCAGCAGCUCGAGGCAGAGGAACUCAAGUACUGGUUCGAGUGCCUCGAGACCUCCUUCCUCGGCAGUCCACCCCUGCAUUCCGACAUCAAGCUCGAAACCAAGCCCACCUUCAGCGAUCUUCUCGAUCAUCCUUGCCACCAUGGCCAGAAGCAGCAGCAAGAGCAGCAGUCCUUUGACAUUUACAGUAAGCUUCUGCAGCACAACAGAUCAGAUUGAAGAAGAAACACGAACAGAGCAGAGCAGAGCUGCUGCUGCUACUACGACUACUGCUGUAAUUUUCCAAAUUUUUUUUACAGGUUUGUAAUUGUCGAUGAUUUUUGCUGGUGUGUAUAGGCAUCGAAAAAAGAUUGCAGAAUAAAGUUUGUCUCGAAUUUUAGGGUU